AUGGACAACGCCGUCCAUUACUCAUACCACCCCUAUGGCUAUAUGCCUGGGGCCUGGUUUCCAUCUCUCAAUCCGGCCGAGUAUUCCAUCGUCUACGACCGCACGGCUGGCGCUUACUUCUACGUUAGCGGGCAGCCCUACGCCAACGGUGUGGUAAGCGGCCCACCCUACCCGCACAGCGAAGGUACCGACAACGAGCAAGUCGUUCCCGCCUCCGCCACCAGCGUCCCCCAGCCCGGCACCCCGUACGAGGUCCCCGCGAGCUGGCAGCUCCACACUCUCGCUUACGUGCGCGACAUUCUCCGCGCGGCCGAGCGCUGGCGCCACCCCCACGUCCGCAUCAUCCUCUCAUCUCUGGCACACAGCUGGUCCGCCCAGCUGAACGCAGUCCACGUGGUGGUCAUCCCACCCGGUAGCUCCAAGCAAUGGCUCGUCCUAAUCUUCAACCGCCAGAGCGGUCUCGUGUUCCACGGCUCGGAGACGAAUCACGCACUCCGCCGCGCCUACAACGUCAUGUCGACCAAGGCGGUCCCCUUCUCGGCCAUCAAGCUGCCCUGCCUUUCCGGCAAGAACGGGGGCGUGUUCGCUACCGCUCUUGCCGUGUGGGUCAGCCUCAACUGGCGCCACAACUAUGAGUGGGACUUUGUGAUUGAUGAGAAGCAGGCGCGCAAGGAGCACCAGGACAUCCUCCGUGGUCUCUGGCCCGACAUCCGCUCCGUUUCUAUCCGCCGUAAGGCGCAGCUCGCUUCCGCUCUCAAGGCGGAAGGAUUCCUUGGGGAAUAG